AUGCGGUUUGGUCUGAUACCCGCAAUUUUGAGCGCUCUGGCGUUCCUGCUGGGCACCGCCCGAGCAGAUCUCUCCUUUAUGGAUCUCAGUAAACCAGACACGGUCCAUGAAGCACUCGCUUUGGUGGCUGGAGGCCUCAUGGACUACUACGAUGGAACUCGACCCGGAGGAACCGUGGGCAUGUUUGUCGCUCCUUACUACUGGUGGCACGCCGGCGCAGCAUGGAACGCCUUCAUCGACUACUGGCACAUUACUGGAAACGACACCUACAACAACCUCACCUGGGCAGCCAUGAAGCACCAGCGAGGCGAGAAAUACGACCUCAUGGUCUCCAACUUUUCUUCCUCCGAAGGUAACGAUGACCAGGGAGUGUGGGCCAUGACCAUGAUGACAGCUGCCGAGAAGAACUUCCCCGAGCCUGGAGAUGAGUACGGAUGGCUGUACGUAGCCCAGGGUGCCUUCAACACCAUGGCUGCCCGAUGGGACACCCAGAGCUGCUACGGAGGUCUGCACUGGCAGAUUUUCCAGUGGAACUCUGGUUAUGACUACAAGAACGCCAUUGCCAACGGAGCACUGUUCAACCUCGGAGCCCGUCUCUACCGAUACACCGGAAAUGUGACCUAUCUCGAGUGGGCCGAGCGAAUCUGGGACUGGUCCACGCAGAUUGAGAUUGUCGACAACGGCCGAGUUUACGACGGUAUCCACUUGCCAAACUGUUCCGACCGAUCUCCCUACCUGUGGACCUACAACGCCGGUAUUUACCUGUCUGGAGCAGCUGCUCUCUACAACGCCACGGUGCUGCGAAAUCACACGGACCCCAACCACGGUAAGUGGCUGGACCGAGCCAACGAGCUGUGGAACUCCACCAAGGGGCCCAACCUCUUCUUUGGCGGACCGCAGAAGAACAUUAUGGUCGAGAUUGCCUGCCAGCAGAAGACCAUCACCUGCAACUCCGAUCAGCGAACCUUCAAGGGUAUCUUCUCCUCGCUGCUCGGACAGACCGCCCAGAUGGUGCCCACUCUUGCAUCCGACAUCAUGUGGUACCUGGAGGCCUCUGCCUACGCCGCCGCCCGAACCUGCAGUGGAGGCCGAGACGGACACACAUGCUCGCUCAACUGGCUCACCGGCCAGUACUCCAACGACUACAUUGGACUAGGAGAACAGCUGAGUGCCAUGGAGGUGAUUCAGAACACCCAGGUGCUCAAGUCCAGCGGACCUCUCACAGAUAUCACUGGUGGUACCUCAAAGGGUAACGGUAGUGCCGGAGCUUUGGGAUUCCAUCCCUUUGGAGAGGAUGAGGCUCAUCCUCUCAAUAUUGGAGGAGGAGACCGAGCUGGUGCCGCCAUCAUCACCGUCAUUGUCGGUGUCAUGAUGAUUGCCGCCGGCUGGUGGUUGCUUGUGUAA